AUGAGUGGACGACGCCAUGGCCUCGCCUUUUUCCACGCCCCGCUACCCGGGGCCCCCCAUCCGACACCUCGCGGCAGCGCGUCGAAGGUCCCCCGCGCCCCCAUCUACAACCCUUACGACAAGUUCACCCAGCCCGAAUUCGACGCAUGGAUCGACGGAAUCACUGGUGCUCUAAAGCGUGCUCUCGGGCGAGAUGAUGCGCCUUCACUUCUCAAACACGAACAAGACCGCGUCGGCGGGCCGGCGGGGUCCAAUAGCAUGGACGAAGAGGAAAUUAUGGACGACUCAUUCGCUGAGGUUCACGCAAGACGGCUCGCGAAAGGCAAGGCGCGGGCGCGUGAAGAAGACUUCGACGAGGAUGGUCAGCAGCGCGACAUGGAGCAACAUGACGGCGAAGGGCAAGAGUGGUCAGGCGAGGAAGACGACGAGCAGAGCGACAGCGCGUCUGGCUCGGCGGAAGAGAGCGACGAAGGCCGUGGUCCGCGCAGGCACUCCCCCGAAGUAAUUGACCUACUGUCUGAUGAAGAAGACGGUGGUCAGCUUGACGAGGGGAGUGACGAAGAAGUUGUGGCGGGGCCUGCGCGCAUAUACAACGCGGAAGACGAGGGGGUGAAGAAGAAGCGGAAGAAGAAGUGGGACACGACGAUUUUCGACGAGGAGUACGAUGAAGGUGCUGAGACUGGCUCUGACGAAGAUGUCGAUCAGCAACCCCGCAUUAGCCCGGCAGCCGUUGGUCACGAAGUUACCGAAAUUCUUGACUCGGAUGAGGAGAUGGACGUGAAAGAAACCGAACCCCUUGCCCCUGCCCGUUCAGCUGUCCCCGCUCGCUUCCUCCGCAAGGACGAUCGUGUGCACGACAGUCACGAACAAGACGCGGGAGAACUCCUCGAAGAUGACGACGAAGACCGGGAUGGAGAGCAAAUGGACGAAGGGGUAGUAGCGCGGGGGAGGACGAGCUCUUUGACAGCGAAGGAGGAAGCCCCGGUUGAAAUCGACGAUGCUUGGCGUGGCCCGAAGACGUACGCCGAAGACUUCUACUCUGGCGGUGAUGCUCCCGACGGCGCCUUCGAAGGUGUCGACCCUCAUGCACUUCGAGAGCCCGAUGAAGAAGAGAUUCUGGAAGCUGAUGCUGAGGUUUCCUCUGAGCUCGCCGAUGUCUGGGAGGGUCCCCGCAAGUACGCAGAAGACUUCUACUCUGGUGGAGAUAAAUGGCAGGCUUUCCAUCCUGGAGUUACGGACACAAUCGAAGACUCAGAGGUUGCCGUCUCCAAUGCAGCAGCCAAGGAAGGUAUCGAUGUCGACGGGCUUCACAGCGAAGACGACAAAGCGGAGGCGCUAGUAGAAGCUGUCCGGAAGGGUACUUCCCCCGCUCCCGAUAGCGGGGGAUACCGACUGGAACUGGCCUCCUACGUCCCCUGGGAUGACGACGACGAUGUCGCCAGCAGCAGCGAUGAAGCCCAGGCCGCUCGUGCCUCACGUGCUCAGGCCGUGCCUUCGCCUGUGACUGAAGUUCCUGCUUUAAACGACACUGCCACUACCGAGCCAAUCGCUUCUACCAUUCCAGCAGACCCAUCUCCCUCGUCAUCAGAGGCCUUAUCGCCUCCCGACACCUCUCUACCCGCUGUCACCGACCUCUCCUCUAAUGCAGAUAUCAACAUAUAUGCCGAGAUUGACGGCUUUUACGACCUGGGCGUUAUGGGUGUAUUCGAACCCGUUAGUCCUGUCGUCGACUUUGGCGACCUCCCCCGAGCCGUCCCGGAGAACGUGCAAGUGGUGCAGGACUUCGUCAACGACAUCUUUGACACAUCCGUCGAUGGGGAAUCGGUUCUCAAAGGUGUACCAGCGCCGCAAAUCACUGAACUCGGAGAUCAAAGUGUGAAGGUCCCUACGCCCGGCGAAGAUGUUGAGGUCGUGUCCGUGCCAGGCGAUGAUACCUUCAUGAUGGGUAUGGAGUACCUGGUCGAAGAGGCUAUGACUGAUGGGCGACACACCGAGGAACCAGAGCCUUCGGUUCCUGGGCUCACUCUCGACCUGCUCUCCGUACCGCCCUCAAUCUCAGCCGAGACUCCCAUCGAGGUCCAAGUCGAGACCUGUGUUUUCGUGCAUACCGACCCCCACCCCACUUUCCCAGCGCCCACUUUCGCCGAUCCCACUGUUGCCGACCCUGCCAGCCCCACCGCUGAUUCUGAAGCAUCUUCCGUUAACGUGCAAGCCACCCCCUCUGUGAUCGAGUCAGCCGGUCCGGCGCACGCAGCCCUGCUUCCAGUGUUCAAGAAACUUGGCGCAGGCGAGACCCACAGUGCGAGUGGCCUGUUCACACCGUUGACUGAUGGAGGAUCCGGCUCGCCCGCCCCUGAACACAACGCAGAGGAAGACAGAAACCCUGCGCAAGAUACGGCCAGCCAGGCUGAUCAGGACCCAGCACGUGUUGAGGAUGCGGUGUCAACGGCCGUGUUGGCUGCGGAGGAGGUCGCAGAAGUUCCAGUCGAGGACGAUAUUGCCUCUCCUGUAGCCGACAUCGAGGAACCUGUGGAGGCUACUACCGACUCACCGGCCUCUCCAUCUCAGGGGGCUAGCUCAGACAAGGACGAGGACGAAGACGCCGAGGGUGAAGUUGAUCCGGACUAUGAGCCUUCGGAGGGAGAGCUCAGCGAAGAGCCGCCCACCCGUACCAUUGAAGUCACCACCUCUUCGCCCGAGCCCGAGGACAACAACGCUAUCGACGAUGGCAAGGCGGCCGACGAUGUCAAGAUCGUCGAAGCCUCAGAAGCGGUCGAAGAAAUCAAGGUGGUUGAAGAGAACGCUCUCGAUGUCAAACCCAAGGUGGAUGAGGCCAAGGAGAUCGAUCCUCUUUCAACGCAAGAACCGAAGGAUGCUUCUCCUCCUACUCCUCCUUCAUCCACAACCGAGAGGCCGACGAAUGGUCUCGCUGGCGAGCCGGACAGGAAGACGAUGGAACCCGCCGAAGACACGGAACAAGCACCUGACGCGCUUCCGGCCGCAGAACUCUCUGCCUCUCAGCACACCGAGGUGGAUGAGGUCCACGAUGAAGUACGACCGCUGAAGCGCAAGCGCAAGACGCCCCCACCGAGGCCAGCUCGUUUCGCUCGGGCCCAGACUGCGCAGAGUCGUAAGGCAGACGCCGCUACCAAGUCCAAGACAGGCAAGGGCGUAGCAAAGGCAGAUCAGGAUAGUGAAGAUGAGUCUGACAAUGACCAAGUCGACAACGUCUCCAUCGCGCACUCCGAAGCAAGCUCUGGAGGUUCAUCUGUCGUUGCCAAGCUGAUGCUCGACACCAGUCGCAACACGUCGCGUGCUUCUUCCGUGAUAUCCAACGGCUCUCCCUCAUCCCCCACUGCCUUGAUGCACGCCCUCGCCACCAGCGCUGCUAAUCUUGCUGCUGCCCACUUCUCUCAUGAUGGGGGUGUCCUACGCCAUCGCCACGGAGCUCAGCUUCUGGCCGCAAGGGCUACUUUACCGAGCCUUCCUCCCCCACUUCCCAGGCGUCAACCAUCCCUCCUGCAGCCUUCUAUCCAUAUCAACACUACUGAGGAAAGAAAGCUAUCAACCGAGUCUGAGGUUGCCUCCCCCCAGUCCGAGACCCGAUCUGAGAUUGCUUCUCCUUCCCGGCCCGUCCCUUCUCCUAGUCGCCGUGGUCUCCGGGCCUCCCUUUCCGCGCACACGCACGGCUCAGCGCCGGUCACGCGCUCGAACUGCGUGUACAAUCUCAUCUCUCUCCCGCGUUCGCAGGAUGCGACUUGGCGUCUACACUUCGCCGUCCCCGGCUGUUCGCUCAACAACGUCGAGCUCAUGCGCGAUGAGGAUAUCACCGAUCACGGUCGCGUUGCGCCCUCGGAGAUCCCGACAAUGAUCCCGCAGAUCAACCAACUGCACCUAUCGGGGUACCUCCUUAGCAUCCUCCACCAACUCGUUGGCAUGGAUGUCCUCAAGGCACAUGUUGUGCUCUACGUCCCGCGGCCCGGCGACGCGAUGAAAGCUCUCAGAGGAAAGAAGAUGCCGAUGACUGUAACCGAGAUCUCGCAAGCUGCGAAGGAGGUCGAGGCGCGCCGCGCUGCACUCAUGCCUAUCUCGGGGAAGGGAAAAGGCAGAGGCAAGGUCACGAAGCCGUCCAAACUCCUCACGGACAUCGCCGCAGACGAGGGUGGCGGCGUUGCAGCAAAGGAGCUUGCCUAUGCUGCGCAGAUCGCCGAAGAAUCAGCAUCCAUCGCUGGAAUGCGUCCAUCGCGGCCCCCAAUCUCGCAUGCUUCCGCGUCCACUUCACGCAGUCGUGGCUCAACGUCACAGAGGCGUCCGGUGCGGACACCAGAGGAAGAAGCACUCAGCGGCAGCGACCUGACGUCGACUUCGGAAGAUGACUCGAGUCACUCUGGUUCCGACUGGGAAGAGGAGCAUCGUCCUGCGAAGCGCGCCAAAGCCUCGCCUCCAAGUCCAACCCAGUCCCAGUUCGACCCUCAGAACGGCGCGUCGGUCUCGGCCACACACUCCCCUGAGAAGAACUUUGACAACUCGGCCAGCGCACGUGUCCGCAAAGGCCGCAAGCUCGCCGCCGACGCGCUCGCCUACAAGCCCGCGGGUGGCUCCUCAGAUGGGUCAGAUUCCGAGAAUGCAUCCACCCUGGCCCCUUCCGCACGACGCAAGCGCAAGUCUAAGGCCCAGAGCAAGAAGCAACUCGAUGUUGCUCCUGUCCAGCCCGAUGGCGAUGGUGGUGCGGCUAGUGACGCCUCCGAAGCCGCGGUCGCAUCCGCAGUUGCGUUAGCACCAGUUGUGCAGCGCAAGAAGAGCCGCAAGCUCGCUGGAGAGAACGCCGCGUUCAAGCCUGAGGUCGGGGAGAGCGACAAGUCGGACCCCGAGGUAGAUGCCGCUGCUGGCGCGAGUGGGAAGCGCAGGAAAAGCGGGGUGAAGCGCGGGAAGAAGCGUGCACGGGGUGAUGAGGCGGAAGACAAGGUUGGCGUAGGGGAGGAUGGGGAGAAGCAGGCGAAGAAGGUGAAGCGGCCGCGUGCCCGUAAGGGGAAAGUGGCAGAGACCGCCCCCACUGUUGUUGGUGAAGAGACGUAG